ACAAUAUUCACUCACAUGCUACAUCCGGCACUCUUGUGCAGCACAUCCCUUGCGACGGCAGUUGCGGCGGUGUCGUUGUACCACUGGAUAUGGUCGAGGAAGAGUAAUCACGCUAAGCCAUCGGGCGAAGCAGCCGCCAGCGUCCGUGACGGUCAUGGAGGACUCAUUGGCAACACUCCGCUCGUGCUGAUUCCCAGUCUGUCCAAGGCAACGGGUUGUCGCAUCCUGGCCAAAGCAGAGUUUCUGAAUCCUGGUGGCAGCUCCAAAGAUCGCGUUGCCAAAGGCAUUAUCGAAGAUGCCGAAGCGAGAGGGUUACUUGGACCUGGUGGCACGAUCGUAGAAGGGACGUCAGGCAGCACUGGCAUCAGUUUGGCGCUUCUGGCUAGAGCCAAGGGCUACAAUUGUCUGAUCGUCAUGCCAGACGACCAAGCCAAGGAAAAAGGCGAGUUGUUGCAGAAAUUCGGAGCUACCGUCGAGUUUGUCAAGCCAGCUUCGAUCGUAAACGCCAAACAUUACGUCAACCAAGCUCGUCGUCGCGCCAGUGAAAUCCCAGGUGGGUACUUUGCCGACCAGUUUGAAAACCUUGCCAAUACGGACAUCCACUACCGCACCACUGGCCGUGAAAUAUGGCAGCAAACCCACGGAGCGCUCGAUGCGUUUGUCAUGUCUGCCGGCACGGGUGGCACGAUUGCAGGGGUGUCUCGGUACUUGAAAGAAAUGAACCCGGCCAUUCAAAUCGUGUUGGCCGACCCCCCAGGAUCGAGUUUGUAUAACAAAGUUCGACACAAUGUGUGCUACGCCCCACAACAAUCUGAACGUACAGUGAGGCGCCAUCGGUACGAUACAGUGGCCGAAGGCAUCGGCAUCGAUCGUCUGACUGCCAACUUUCUCCUCGCGCAUGUCGACGACGCGUACGUCGUGUCGGACGCUGACGCGGUGAACAUGGCUCGGCACCUCUUGCGGGAAGACGGGCUCUUUGUUGGCAGUUCCAGCGCCGUGAAUUGUGUUGCCGCCGUCCGCUUGGCCAAGAAAUUAGGCCCUGGACAUGAGAUCGUGACAGUGUUGUGUGAUUCAGGACAACGUCACUUGACCAAGUUCUGGAACGACGACCACUUGAAGGCGGAGUGGCAGUUGGAGGCCACGGCCACCGACUUGUCGUUUGUGGACAUUUCCACUGGCCAGCCCUAACACACAACCACAAAGCGUGCGGGAUGGACAAGAACGAAACAAAAAUUUAUUGCAACUGUGUGUGCAUCAAGAGUAGUUGCGCCCAUGGUAUUCAUGCUUUUGCUAACAUCGCUCGAUUUCACAA